AGGAGCUGAGUCUGUAGACACUCAUUUGCUACUCCUGGCAAAAGAAGUCAGGGGAGAGAAAUCCAGCUGGGUGGGGAUACUCUGGAGAGGAGAUGCAGAGGCGACACGACAGCAAGGCAAGUAAGAGCAGAGACCUGUUCACUGAGCAAGAAAAACGAAGCAGAAAUAACCACUCAAAGAGAAGCAUCGGAAGGCAUGAGGUCCAGUCCUGGACAACAGCCACCAAGCAAUCCUUGUGUCUCAUGUGGCAAAAAGUGAAAGUGCAGCUAAUGCUAAGCAUGUCUUUCCUCGUUGCUGUUUUUUGGUAUUGCAGAAGGCUAUACAGCUUUUUAGCACAGCUACUGAAACGGUGGAGCAACUGCCUUCAAAGAAAACUCAUAAGGAAUCUCAGUGUGCUGACUGAAGUUGAUCUCCUUGGUUACAGUGCGAGAGAAUGGAAAGGAGAAACAAAGCAGGCCAAACACAUGAGGGAGGCGUAUGAAGAAUUGUUUUGGAGCUGUCAUAUCAAGUACCUGCGACAAGUCAGGAGGGACAACUAUUGUGUACUAAGAGCAGUGCUUUUUCAGAUAUUCAGCCAAGGCAUUCCUUUUCCAUCAUGGAUGAAGGAGAGGGAUAUAGUGAAGCUCCCUGAAAAGCUUUUGUAUUCUCAAGGUUGCAACUGGAUCCAGCAAUACAGUUUUGGGCCAGAAAGAUACACAGGUCCCAAUGCCUUUGGUAAAUUGCGCAAGUGUAUGGAGACAUUAAAAACAAAUUGGACUGAAAUAAGUGCUACUAAAGAUCAUGAAGAAAGAGGAUACAUGUGUAAUACACUCUUUUCUGAUGAGAGCAAGGAGCACAAACUCUAUGAGGCUAUAAAAUUCAUCAUGCUCUACGAAGUUGUUGAAGCCUAUGAGCAGAUAAAGAACAGGGAAGAACCCCCACACAACCUUUUUAGCCUUCUCCUUGCUCGUGAUUCUUCGUCCGACCCUUUGAGUUUCAUGAUGAAUCAUCUGAACUCCAUAGGUGACUCUAUUUGCCUAGACCAGGUUGAACUGUUUCUUCUUGGAUACUUACUUGAAGUAAAGAUAAGGGUUUACAGACUGCAUAGGUUUAAUACUGAGGAAUUUCAAGUAAACUAUCCAGAAGAAUACCGAAGGGAAUGGAAUGAGAUUUCUCUCCUGACUGAGGACGACCGCUACUAUCACAUUCCCCUUUUCAGAACGUGAAGGACCAGUGACUUUUUUUCCUUUGUAUAAUAUAGUGAGUGACCAGUUCCAGUGAAUUAGGUCUCUAAUCAGCAAGAGGAAGAUUUUGAAAAUGCUUGUUAAUAAUUACAAAAUGAUUCAUGGGUUUAUUGUGUAAACAUUUUGCUUUCCCGUUGCAGCUUAAUUCACGAUCAGUCAGCCAUAAAAAACAUGAAAUAUAUUGCUAGACUGUCUGGGGGGAAAAAUGUCAUAUUUGAGGGCUGUCAGACAAAAAAGAUUGGACUGCAUGACAAAGGAGGCAAAAGUAAUGCUGCGUUUUUCAUUGCUACCCUAAGGGUUUACUCUGACAUCUCUGGAUGGGUUAAACUCAAGUUCCUAAAGCAAUUGCUGCCUUUCUGUCAUCUGUCUCUAGCUAGGAAGGAUGAAUCACAGGGGAAGCAACUCCUGGGGUCCCGCAGUUUAUAUUCCAGGCUAUUAAACUUGCAUUGACUUGGGGCUGCCUAGGAAGGGAGGAUGCAAACUGGGGCCUCUGCGGAGCUGCUUCAAACCCCAUCUGGCUUCCCCUGUUGCUGGAACACCUCCCUCCAGCGAUGGGCAGAGCAGGCAGCUGCAGGCUGGGCUUACUUCAGACACAUGAAAUUAAGAUGUCUGCACUCAGCGCUGAAGGUGGAGAAGUGUUACACGGGGGAAAAAACCCCCCCCACACAGACACAAGAAUACUGUGCCAGAUGAACAGAUCUGCUUUGUAACUGAGGAAAGUACGUAAGCUUUCUCAAAGCUAAAAAGGGCAGUAUUAAUUAAUAAUAACAUGCAAUAGAGUUAGACUCAGUAGCUGCCUAUGGUUUCUGUCAACUUGUGAAUCCUUUAGGGGCUGAUUUCAACAUUACCUGCCAAGAUUUCCGUUGCGUUUCAUCUGAGAAGGCUGUGCACAGAAUACAUUCACAAACACUGCAUUUUCAGAAAAUACAAAUUUUCUAUGCAUUAUGUGGGUUCAGCAGUGUGUAUACAUGUUUUAUCCUCUGUGUAUAUAUUAAUCUCAUUGCAUAAGAUUGCUGUCUUUAGUUUAGAACUCAAUGUUUCAAGAGGUCUGUCUGGAACAACUAAAUGAGAUGUACCUUACUACGAGGAACAUUUUACCCAGUUCUUGUUUUCUAAAAGAAUCAAUUGUGUUUUGAUUAUUACAAAAAUAAGGGACCUUGAUUAGAAGAAAUAUUAAAAUGAUAUAGCAGAUCUAGCAAAGUAUUUGUGAGAAGCAUAUAAUCCCAUUGGCAUACAGUUGUACUGAAGAAAGCGAGAUUUAUUAAGAAACAAAGCCUCUCCUUUCCUUAUCCUAGAGAUACGGGAACAGGCAGGUUUUUUAAAUCCUGCAGGAGAAAAUACAAGCCAAUAACAAAAAUGUAAACAGAGCCUGCAGGAGCUAAAGCAGUUGCAUGAGGUAACUAAAUGGUAAUGCUUGGUUACUUUGUGUAAAGGAAAGCAAAAAAAGGAAACCCUUACAGUCCUUAUUUUUAUGUAUAUGUAUAUAUAUUUAUAAACACAAACACCUGAGUUCUGAAUUGUAACAGUUUUGUUUCCUGAAAGUUUUUGAGUUUUGUUCAAUUAUUUGUAGCUUUUAAUUAAGAAGGCUUGAUACCUAUAAUAAUUUAAUCUCAUCAAAACCUGCAUAUCAAAUACUUUAUUUAUUAAAAGAAACUUUUUUUCACUGAAUGAAAUAAUUUGCCUACUUAAGAUUUGGUUCUCCUCUGCAUGGGGGAGUGUUAUAAUGCCUGAGAGUAGGGUAUUGCUGUCUGUUUUGCAUCAACAGUAGCAUUUGCAGCUAUCAAUAAACUUGUCUAUAUUUUA